AUGCCCAAGUCGGAGACCUUUUCCAAUGGCUUCGAUGACGACGAAGACGAUGACGCCGAGGAUCCAACGCCCAUUGGACAAUUCGAGAGCGUUUUUCUGGGCAAAACUGAGCUGCGCCACAGUCACUUGAACGAUUCCUGCGAAUCGAUCACAUAUCAGGACAGUCAUGCCGAGGAGAAUCCCCUCAUCAUCACCAAUUUAAUGCAACACAGUUUCGAGACGCCGGCAAAUACUUGCUCCUCAUCGAACGCACGUGCACUUCCCAUGCCCAACCCGAACUCAUCGGUAUCCUCGACAGCGACAUCGACGGCGAUCGCAACGACAACGGUGCCGAAUUGUGGAUCGAUUGCAGCUAGUUGUUCCAAUCCGGAUGAUGCAUUUUUCCUACAAUAUCUGGGCAAUAAGUUUGGCAAAUAUUCCAAGAAUACCCGCAAUACGGUGCAGUUUUAUAUUAGUCGCAUACUCUAUAAGGCGGACAUGGGAUACUAUGAAAAUGGCGAUGCAUCCAAUUUGUUCGAUGCGGAUAUUUAG